UCCCUGGCCUUCCAUCGCCAGGUACAAGACUUGCCACACCGCAGCAGAGGCCGACCCAACGACAACAGCACCAGACCACAUUACCUUCUACUGCAACUCUCAACAGCUACAUUGACGACACCACCCUUUCCCGCUUGCUUUCCCGCCCGGCCCGUCCACCCACUCAUCAUGGCGCGACCACGGCCCCCAAGCCCGUCCGCCCUCCUCCUGCCCCUCCUCCUCCUCCUCGGCCUGCUCGCCCCGCCCGCGCUCGCCGUCUCCGCCGUGCUCGGCGUCGACCUCGGCACAGAGUACAUCAAGGCGGCGCUGGUCAAACCCGGCAUCCCGCUCCAGAUCGUGCUGACCAAGGACUCGCGCCGCAAGGAAAUCUCGGCCGUGACUUUCAAGCCAUCCUCCUCCUCGGCGGGUACUGGCGCGGCGGCGGGCGCGGGCGUUGCGUUUCCCGAGCGGGCGUACGGUUCCGACGCGAUGGCGCUCGCCGCCCGCUUCCCCGGCGACGUCUACCCGAACCUGAAGCCGCUCUUGGGACUGCCGGCGGGCAGCGCCGAGGUCGGCGAGUACGCGCGGCGGCACCCGGCGCUGAAGGUCGAGGCGCACAGGACAAGGGGCACGGCGGCGUUUCGCAGCGCCGGCGCGUUCGCUGACGCCGAGGAGCCCUGGAUGGUCGAGGAGCUGCUCGCCAUGGAGCUGCAGAGUAUACGGGCGAACGCGGAGGCGCUGGCCGGGUCUGGAAUUUCCGUGCGCUCGGCGGUGCUGACGGUGCCGGCGUUCUACACGACGGAGGAGAAGCGUGCGGUCGAGCUGGCGGCUGAGUUGGCCGGGUUCAAGGUGCUGAGCUUGAUCAGCGAUGGGUUGGCGGUCGGGCUGCACUACGCGACGAGCAGGCAGUUCCCGAAUGUCAACGAGGGCGGGAAGCCGGAGUAUCACAUGGUGUUUGAUAUGGGCGCCGGCUCGACCAAGGCCACGGUGUUGCGGUUCCAGAGCAGGACGGUCAAGGACGUCGGCAAGUUCAACAAGACCGUGCAGGAGGUGCAGGUCGUUGGGAGCGGCUGGGACCGGACGCUGGGUGGCGACGCGCUCAACUACCUCAUCGUGGACGACAUGAUCGCGCAGUUUGCGAGCUCACCGAAGGCCAAGCAGGCGGGGGUGGACGCCGAGGCCGUCAAGGCGCACGGCCGCACCAUCGCCAAGCUGACCAAGGAGGCGGAGCGCGUCCGGCACGUCCUCAGCGCCAACCAAAACACCCAGGCCAGCUUCGAGGGGCUCUACGAUGACAUUGACUUCCGGUACAAGGUCACCCGGGCUGAGUUCGAGGAGAUGGCGACGUCUCACGCCGAGCGCGUCGGCGUGGCUGUGCAGAACGCCCUCACCGCGGCCGGCAUCGAGCUGAAGGACCUCGACUCGGUGAUUCUGCAUGGCGGCGCGUCCCGCACGCCGUUCGUGCAGAGGGAGCUCGAGAAGGUGCUCGGCGGCGGGGACAAGAUCCGCACCAACGUCAACUCGGACGAGGCCGCCGUGUUUGGCGCCGGUUUCCGGGCGGCCGAGCUCAGCCCCAGCUUCCGCGUCAAGGAGAUCCGCGUCGCCGAGGGCGCUGCGUAUCCUGCCGGCAUGAAGUGGAAGACGGACGACGGCAAGGAGAGGCGGCAGCAGCUGUGGACCGCCGCGUCGCACCUCGGCGCGGCUGCUAAGGAGGUCACGUUUACGAACCGCGAGGACUUCUCGGUUACCUUCUACCAGACGGUCCCUGCGCCGGGGUCUGAUGCCGGGUCGGUCGAUGCCGAGACCAAGGUGCUGACUACCAAGAACUUGACCGCCUCGGUGGCGGAGCUCGUCGAGAAGCACAAGUGCGAGAAGGCCGAUAUCCGGCUCAAGAUGGGCGUGCGUCUGGCGAGCGACAACGGCGAGGUUGAGGUGACCAAGGUUGCUGUCGAGUGCGAGGCCGACGUUCCCGAGAAAGAGGGCUUCGUGGACGGCGUGAAGAACUUGUUUGGCUUUGGCAAGAAGGAGCAGCAGCCGCUGAAGGGCGACGAGUCGUCCAAAGAGGCCGAGGUUGAGGCCGAGACCUCGUCUUCGUCCUCGGUUACCGAGAGCAGUGCUACCACCUCGACACCCGCCUCGAGCUCCACCUCCUCCUGGGCCGAGGCGUCCAGCUCUGCCGACGCCAAGCCUGCGGAAAAGAAGAAAGAACUUGUCGUGAUCCGAGUCCAGUUCACGUUGGAGAAGGCCGGCAUCCCGCAGCUUUCUAAGGCGGAUCUUACGGCCGUCAAGGACCGCCUCAAGGCCUUCGAGGCUUCAGACCGUGCGCGGCGAGAGCGGGAAGAGGCGCUGAACCAGCUCGAAGGCUUCACUUACAAGGUCCGGGAACUCGUAGAGAAGGAGGACUUCAUCAAGCACUCGACCGCUGAGGAGCGGGCUACGCUGGAGAAGAAGAACAGUGAAGCCAGCGACUGGCUCUACGGCGACGGCGCGGACGCCCCGAAGGAGGAGUUCAAGAGCAAGCUAAAGGAGCUGCAGGCCAUUGUGGGCCCCAUCCAGAAGCGCAUCGACGAGGCGGCCAAGCGGCCCGAGCUCGUCAAGGGCCUGCAGGAGGCGCUCAAGAGCACCAACGAGUUCGUCCUCGACAUGAAGAAGAAGAUCGCCGAGUACGAGGCCUUCCACGCGUCAAAGUCUGCGUCGGCCGCCUCGUCUACGUCUACCAGCGCCGAAGAGGCUUCCACCACACCUGCCCCUGCCUCUACCUCGACAGGCGACUUCGACGGCCUAGAAGACGACGAAACAAGCACUACGACCGCCACUGCCCAGGACCCGAUGGAGCAGCUCGCCAAGGAGCGCGGCCCGGUCCCGCCGCUGUACACGGUCGAGGACCUCCGGGAGAGCGAGGAGCUGUACGCGUCCAUCUCGGCCUGGCUCGCGGAGAAGCUGGCGGCGCAGGACCAGCUGGGGCCGACCGACGACCCGGUGCUGCUGACCUCGGAGCUGACCGAGAAGCGCGAGAGGCUCGACAAGGCCGGCAUCGACCUCGCCAUGAAGGGGGUGCGCAACUUUGAGCGCCGCAAGGACGGCGGCAGCAAGACGGCCAAGGGCAAGGGCAAGGGCAAGGGCGGCAAGGCGUCCGCCGGCUCGGCAACGAAGCCGGCCAAGCCGGCGCAGACCAUCAAGUUGCGCCCGGGCGAGGACGGCAAGAUGCCGUCGCAGGAGGAGAUUGAUGAGAUGUUGAAGGCGUUUGCCAAGGAGGCGGAUGAGGCGAAGAAGGCGGAUGAGCAGCAGCAGCAGGAGGAGGGGCAGAAGCAGCAGCAGCAGGAGGGGCAGCAACAACAGCAGGAGGGGCAGCAGCAGGAGGAGCAGCAGCAGCAGGCGGCGGAACAGCCCCAGCAGGAGGAGCAGCAGCAGCACGGUGCGCAGGUCGGAGAGGAGCAAGGGCAAGAGAAGAAGGAGGAACAGCAGGGGCAUGACGAGCUGUAACUUAACCUUCCUGACCUAGCUGGCCGGCUAUAGAGAGAGGAAGCGGUUCGAGCGUCGGCAGGUUUGAUGCAUGGGCAUGGAGUUCCGGGCAUUGUAGAUACGGCAUUUGUUAGAGAUAACUCCUCGCUCCUGGAGAAUACAAAAAGAGGGAUUUGGCAUGCGUUCCUCCUCCGUCUGGCGUGCGGUCGGUUUUCCACCUGUGCCUAAACCACCCAACCUGGUCUUCCUAUACUCUCUUUCUGAGUGGUGCAGUACGGAAGCACUUGCUGCUCGCUGUUGCAGCGUUGCGUUCGGUCUUCCCCGGCAGGUUGUUGUCCGUCCGUCUCCCUCCUUGCUUUACAUCAUCCUACGCAGGACGCAUUUUGUCAUUCACCUCGGCCUCGGGCUAGUAAGGUAGCCGUUCUUCACC